AUGGGUGACGCCGAGGGAGUCCAGGAUCUAGAAGUCGUCUCCAAGGUGUUACGGAGUCUAGCACCGAAGUUCAACUGGGUUGCAGUCGUGAUUGAGGAGUCGAAGGAUAUUGCGAAGCUCUCGCUGGAUGAUCUCUGUGGAAUGCUACAAGCUCACGAGGUGAGGGUGAAUUGUGCAGCUGGGAAAACAGUUGAGAAAGCUUUCCAUGUCAAGACUGAGCAUUCUACACCAAACUACAGCAAAGUUGGGGGUGCUUGGAGCUCAUGGGGAGAUGGCCGAGGCUGCGGCAGAGCUCGUGAGAAGCAACCAGAGAAGGGUGUCGGUCUUAUUGCAGAGGAGGAAAGCACCGAGAAUCUCUUCAUGGCUAGUUGCUCCAUGGGUGAACAAUCCAGGACUGUAUGGCUUAUAGAUUCCGGGUGCUCGAACCACAUGACUAGGGACAAAUCUCUAUUUAGUAGUCUUGAUGAAUCAGUGAGCAUCACUGUGAGAUUGGGAAAUAAUAAGGAGAUAAAGGUAUGUGGCGAGGGCGUCAUUGCUGUAAACACAAGCGUGGGAACCCAGAAGAGGCUAGAAGGGGUUCAAUAUGUGCCGGGUGAAGAGUCAAGCAAUAUGCGUCUUGAGAUCAAGCAACAACAUGUUCCCACUCGAUAUUGCGAAGAUUGGAAGCUUAGUGAUGAAUGCAAGGAGUCGAACUCUGGAGGAACUGUGGCAUCUAAGGUUGGGGCAUCUGAAUUACAACAGUUUGAUGUCCAUGGCUCACAAGAAGCUGGUAUUCGAGUUGCCUGA